AUGAGAUCAGCUGCUAACCAGCGCUGUAGUGUACUCCUGCACGUCACAGGAUUCAUCAUUCGCGUGGCAGUGUUUAUCACAAUCGGUUACGGCGCAAACGUACUGAUUGACAGUGGACUGGAUCUUUUGAAUUGUAUCCUGGGUGUCCUAUAUGCGUGGUACACUAUCGACAAGAAUGACUUUACGAACUAUUACUUGUGUGCAGACGUUAUGGUUCGGAAGGGCUCAGAAGUCCUAUACCAGUCCCCUGAUUGGUCUCGAUACAUCACGCUCUUCGUAUUCAUUCGUGGUCUUCACCGCCAACAGCCCUACAACGUUGUCGGAUAA